UCAGCCAUUUUUUGAAGGAAACUAAUUAGCAGGAAUAAAGAGCCAAGUGUUUUUCCUCCCACAGUGAUCAGAACUCAUUCUACCUCUGGAGCUCGCACAAACCCCUCCGUCCCCCAUCUUCUGUUUACUACAGCCUAUAUGUAGCUUUAAUUACACUGUUGUUUGGUAACAACUUGGACCCCGCUGCUCUCUCUCCCUCUCCCCAUUUUUUUUUCUUCCUGGCUCCGUAAAAACGCAGAGGAUCAUUCAUAAGGAAUGAGUGGACUCUCUGUACGAUUAUUUUCUGGACUACUACACAUUCAGCGUGCGGAGCUUUGUACCAGAGUCGCUGCAGAAAUGUGGGGUAGUGAUGUGUGGCAGCUGUAGCCUCUGGUAUGGACAGCAGUGAGGGAGGAGGAGGGGAUGGAGGGGGGGGAGAGGAGAGAGAUGCUGACCUCAGUCCCCAGGCUUUAUCUCUUCCUCUCCUGACCCUGGCGGUCGUUCCUGAGCAGGGGUCACCCUCUCAUACCUCAGCCAUGGCCCCUGCCAAAGAGCCCAUGACCCUGCCCCGGCAGGGGAAGGAGGGCGCAGAGGGGUCCCAGGCUCAAGAGGAGACCCGGGGAGGCGAGCAGCAAGAAGGAGGCCGACAUCCACGGGAGAACGGAGUGCGUCAAAAGCCGGGGAUGAAAGAGGACUUCGGGGAGGGAUAUUUGUCAGGGCAAGAGAAGGAGGAAGGGGAGGCGCAUGUAGGUGUGAGUGAGGCAGUUACAGGGGGCCUCCCAGCAGCCCUCAGCAGCAGAGGCAGCGAGGAGGAGAAGGAAGAGGAGGAGGCCAUCUCAAACCAAAGCCAAACCAAAUCCAAAUGUUCUUUAUUACCUCAACAGAGCCAGCACAGCUCUUCUUCCAGCACUGCGAAGGCCAGUGGCACACUCGACAGCAAAAUAGCCGCCUCUCCAAAGCCCUCCCCCACUCCUUCCUCCUCUCCCAAGCCCUCCCCUUUUCUCUCCAUCUCUCCAAAGCACUUCAAUUGUCCGUCCUCCUCUUCUGCCCUGCUGAGCGAGACAGAGGUAAAAGACAUUAAGGGAGAUCAGGGCUGGAUUUCUGGGUUUCCUCAGAGCUUUAGAUCCCAGCAGUCUUCUCUGGCUUUUCCGCUGGCAGGUACGGAGCCUGCCAGCACACCUGCUGAGGAUGAUGGGCUGGCAGGGGUUCCUCACUCUUCCAUUUCCAAUGGAGAUGGUGCCAAAGCUCCAGAACCAAAUGACAGCCAGACAGACACAGAGGUGGAUGAAGAGAGAGACAAAGAAGGAGAACAGAAAGAAGCUGUCCCUAAAAACCUCAACCAAGACCUCUCUCCAAAUUCACUGACGAGUCACAUGACCAUAAUGCACUCACGCAAUUCCUGCAAGACCCUGAAAUGCCCUAAGUGUAACUGGCACUACAAGUCUCAACAUACGCUCCAAGUCCACAUGAAAGAGAAACAUCCAGAAACGGGAGGCCAGUGUGUAUGCGGCGCUUCUGGCGGAAAGUGUGUGUGCGGAGGCGGAACACGAGGCGUGUGUGGGUACUGCAGUUCGGGAAAACCCCAUCCUCGCUUGGCCCGAGGUGAAACCUACGCCUGUGGAUACAAGCCCUACCGCUGUGAGGUGUGUGACUAUGCUACCUCAUCAAAAGGCAACCUCAGCAUACACAUGCAGUCGGAUAAACACCUUAACAACGUUCAGAAUGGGGGACACUCCAACGGUCACAUGCACGCCUCUCACGUUACCAACAACAGCAGCUCGUCCAACGGCCACGCGGCGGACGAGCAGGCCUACAGCAAGCUCCCGCUCUCUAUUUCCACGCCUUCUACCACCCAGCCUGCCAAGCUCACACCACCCGCACACACCCACUCCCACGGUAAGCGGUGGCGGUGCGACGUGUGCGACUACGAGACCAGCAUCGCUCGCAACUUGCGCAUACACACAACCAGCGAGAAACACACACACAACAUGCUCCGGCUCCAGAGAGGCUACUAUCUGUCUCACUGCCGGAGCCUUGCCCCACAGCUUAAGCACCUCCAAAACACAGGUGCUGAGCUCUCCUUGAAUAUGCGGCUGACCAGCCAACAAGUCGCAGAACCGCCAGUCACUCUUGGAUCAACACUGACUCCCUCCCCUUCCCCUUCUCCCUCACCCCCUCCAGCUCCCUCUCUCUCCCCCACCGGACCCCUCUACCAGGGUGUGUUCCAAUGCCUUGUCUGCUCCUGCUUUUCAUCCGACAGCCUCGAGUCUGUUGAGCAGCACCUGAACGCUCCCCGCUCCUUGCCCCAGUCUGAGUGGUGCACCCUCGUCGCCGGCGGCUGCCACUGCAGGCUGUGCGGCUACACCACCCCGCUGAGGGCUAACUUCUCCCUGCACUGCCAAACUGACAGGCACCGCACCCGCUACCAGCUCGCCGCUCACCUCCACGAGGGUGGAGACAGGGGUCAGGAGGGGGCAGCCCUCAUUGCGAAGGGCAACGCCGUCCAGCUGCGGUGCAACCUGUGUGACUACGUGACCAGCAGUUUAGAGAAGCUAAGAGGGCAUUCCCUGAGUUCACACCACGAGGCAAGCGUCCGGGUUUACAGAUUCUUGCAGCAGUAUGACGGUGAAGUUGAUGGAGGUUCGUGGCUGUUCCACUGUCUUCUAUGCAACCACUCCUCCUCUUCUAAGCUCCAAGUACUGAAACACAGUCAAACCCCGACCCAUCAGCAGAGGGAAGGGCUACUGCAGCUGCAGCCGAUGGGCGGAGAGGAGCUGGCAGCCAUUUUCACCAUCAGGAAAAUUCCCGAUGGCAACAUAGGAGAUCCUAUUGAAGAUAUGGAAACUCCCUGUGAGACCAGCACUGCUCCUUUGGACAUAACCAAAGACUCAUAUAAUGCGGGGGCAAAUAACAUUUCAGAAGAAACAGUGCAAGAGGAGACAAGGAGGGAAGAAACAGAAAUGAGGGAGUCAAUGCCCUCAGUCAAGCGUCCAUCCCCUGAAAGCGGGGAAAUGGAAAACGUCAUCUCAACCAAACGGCCCAGAACACACCAGCAAAAUGAGAACCAGCAGACUGUCCAGUGCCCUUUGUGCCAGGUUAAAAUCCCAUAUGUACACCUUCGACAGCAUCUCACACAUGUGCACAGUGUGGCCCAAGACUGUGUCGACAAACUCAUCAGCACAGUAAGUGUACACUACUGCGCAUUUGUCGUAUUUACAUUCGUCAGGAAGCAAAAGAAAAUGAGAAGGCAAAGUAUGGGGGAUGGGGGGAAAGUGAAAUGUAGGGAGACAAUUCCAUUAAGAAGGCACCAGAGAGAAAGGCAGUGCUUUUUUUUAAUGCAUGUUUAA